GGAAUUUUUGAAAAAUGCAGGAAAGUAAAUGCAUCCGUUCUGGCUGAAAUGUUGCGGCUCACUGGUAGGCUAGAAGAGGCGACUACCUCCUUCAAACAACUUGACACCAAGAUAAACGAAAUCUCCGGCAAGAUUAUCCAUCUGGGCGAACAGCUAGAACGCAAAAAUGCUCCUCGUGAGCAUCUCCAAGAUGCUCGAAGGCUCAUUUUAGAAUUCUCGAAGUUCCUUGGGGAAAAUUCGGUAUGUCACCAACAGCAUUUCUUUACUAACGUUUUUCAGUUACUCGAAAAAGCCUCGAGCAUCCGAACUCUUAGCGCACUCUGUCUGGAGUUACCAGAUGAUGAACGUUUCCUUGGUGCCAAACAGAGGAUAACAGGUGUUCAAAACCUUGAGAAUCUACUAGUCAAACGUUUUCGCUACAAUUUUUCCAUCGGAAACUGCGAGAUGAUGCGUCGUAUUGCGGAAGUCCUCGCCUCCACCAAAAGUCAUUCCGUCUGUGCAGAUGUCUUUAUUGAUGAACUGCUCAAGGUAAAGUCGUUCUAG